GCGGAGCCGUGACGUGUCGACACAGUGUCAAACAGGAGGAUGUGAAGAUGACCGAAAACUCUCCAGAUAAACUCCGAGCUUCUUUAUAGUCUCCGGUAGCGGCAGGUUGGAUAGUUUAACACCACCGGGAGCAGCCGUAGGUUGUAGGUUUAAUAUAGAACAACAACUCCUCUACAGUUGAGCGGAGGAAACUCACUUUAACUCACUUUCUAACCCGCGACAUUGACCGUCGAGCUAACUCACUUAGCCACAGUUAGUAGCCGAAGUAGCCGAACAACAACAGCAGCAGCACGGUAACCGACUAGUUCACGGUAACCGACUCAGUCCACGGUAACAUGUAGCUGACUACCGUGAAGCUGGCGGUGUAAACGGUAGAUAGUCACUUUAGGUUAGUUGUUGUAGUUCGUCUUAGCGUUCAGAGCAGUUUAUAUACAGCCACCGGGGAGCUGCAGUGAGGACUGAUAACAUUAACGUUACCGGGGACAGGAGGACAGGAGGACAGGAAGAUGUCUCGGAGGCGGCUGGACAGUCGCGGGCUCGCAGCGGGUCUGCUCGGAGAUAUUCAGACCCCCAUCAGCACGGAGCCCAUGGACAGUGUGUAUGAGAUCACCGGAGAGCUGGGGAGGGGGAAGUUUGCUGUGGUCAAGCGCUGUGUGGAGAAGGCCACGGGGAAGGUGUUUGCUGCCAAGUUCCUACGGAAGAGGAGGCGAGGUCGCGACUGCCGGGCAGAUGUCAUUCAUGAGAUGGCCGUCCUGGAGACGGCCCGUAACAACUCCCGAGUGGUCAAUCUGCACGCUGCUCACGAGACGGAUCACGACAUCGUCCUACUGCUGGAAUAUGCGGCCGGUGGAGAGAUAUUUGACCACUGCAUGUCUGAGGAGCUGUUGCCAGAGGGCCAGAUCACUCGCCUGAUCAGGCAAACACUGGAGGGAGUCCAUCACCUCCACCAGAGAAACCUGGUGCACUUAGACCUGAAGCCACAGAAUAUUCUCCUGACCAGCCUGUCUCCUCCAGGAGACAUAAAGAUUGUAGACUUUGGCCUGGCACGCAGACUGGGUGCGGUUGGAGAGCUCAGAGAGAUUCUUGGCACACCUGAGUAUGUGGCUCCUGAGAUCCUGAAUUAUGAGCCAAUCACAACAGCGACCGACCUAUGGAGUGUGGGUGUUAUAGCCUACAUGCUGGUGACGGGCGAGUCUCCGUUUGUCGGGGACGACAAGCAGGAGACGUAUCUGAACGUGUCCCAGGUCAAUGUGGACUACAGCAUGGAGGCCUUCUCCAGGGUGUCUGAGCUGGCCGUGGACUUCAUCCGCAAGCUGCUGGUGAAAACGCCCGAGGACCGGCCCAGCGCUGCAGAGUGUAUGAGCCACCCCUGGCUGUGGCAGAUCUGUCUGAGCCCCGACCCCGCCACCACCCGCGCUGUCCGCGAAAGGAGCUGCGGCAUGAAGUGGGCAGCCGAUGACAAGGAGAACUCGCCCCACUCUCACUCAAAAAAAUUCCGCUUCGACGAGGAAAGGCCCGCCGCUGGAGACGCUGACUUUUGAAAAAGGAAAACUGAGAGGAAUUGAAGUGUAAGGCGGGGGCGCCCACUUCUCCCUCUACGCUUUUUAAAUUCUUUUAAGCCUCCAGAAAAACCAGCUGUCACCGCUCAAAGUACUUAGGUUGUGUUCACGUUUCACUAAUUUGCAAAAAGAUCGACCACUCAGACCAAAGAUAACCAGCUAAAUUUUUAGAUCGAUCACUGAUCCACCGCUGUUAAAAAAAGUAAACAAUUGUACAGUAUGUCUCGAUUAAUGCAGUGUGUUUAACCUAAAGUAUUUAAUACCUUUCAUUGUUCAAAUCUCUGGUAUUUUCAUAAGCCCACUCUGCGUUGUUCCUGUACUGUCGAAGGCUUGUGUGGAGCAUUUUUGUGGAAAUCUAUGCAAUACUUCUCUUGUGCAUUUGAAAGCUAUUUUCUCAAGAAACCUUAAAGAGGUUAUAUAACAGCGCUCUGCCUUAAGGUGGGAAGUUAAGUGCUCUUAGUCACCGGUGCUUCAGCAGAAAUGUGUGCUAUCGAGAUGAGCACCUCUGCUAUGAGGAAGUGUGAUAACGUCCUCAUUUGCAUGUUGAGAAUUAGGGACAGCACGGCAUUAUGGGAAACCUUUUGACUCAGAUUGUGGGCUCUGUGUUUGGGUACAUGUCAUUCAGUCACUAUUUAAUGGAAAGUCCAGAAAACUUGCUGCUGUCCUUUGCCGUAGUUCUAUCUCUUUACUACCUGCUGUAUUUCACAUCCAAGCUGGCUCUAAAAACAACCAGCAGAGGGGCUGAAUUACACACAAGCAUAUUACAUUCCUUAUAUGUUUGCAUUUCCCUCAAAGGCAAACAGGUCAUUUUCUCCACGUCUGCAAUAGCACAAGGGUUUAUUUGUAGCUCAGGGUUUUUAGAUCAAACUAGUUUUAAUAACUCCAACCUAAGCAUAGUCUACUUCCAAAAGAACUGAAAGAUGUUUUUAGAAGAGACUACUAUGACAGAAAAAGCUAAACAGAUCAUAGCAUCCUUCUAUAAUAGGAUAGAAACUUAAAAACUGUACCGGUUGAAAAACCCAGUGACUCAUGUAGUUCGUUCACACGCCACACCCGCUCUUACUCAAAUGAUUUCCUCACCGGGCUGUAAAGUUCCUCUUUCGUUGGCCGGAAGAAGAGCAACAUGACUUUAGCACUUACUUCACGAGCACACGUUUUGAACUGAUAAGCAAAAAGGGGAGCUAUUUCUGAAAGUUCUGUGUGUCUGCUUGUCCUCGAGAGACUCGCCGUGUGUUCCAGUCCCUCACCAAAGCCAUCCAGUGUCCUUUCAUUAAAAGCUCCUCCUGUCCUGUCGGGGUCAGGGUGCCUGAAGUAAUACAUUCCUGUUGUUUUCAUCUCAGGGCAUGCUGCUCACUCUCUGCUCACUUUUGUUUUGUAUUCUUAAUGUUAUUCUUAUAGGCCUAUUAUUAUUAUUAUUAUUUAUGUGCUGGACUUAUACUUUAUAUUUUUAUGUAAAUAAUGUGCUCAUGUGUCUUAUAAGGAAGUGUUGAUUAUAUGGUGGAAGAGAGAGCAUGAUUACGGUGUUAUUUAAAACAAGCUGUCGUGGUUACAGUGUAAUGAAUAAUAAAUGGAAAUGUUUGACUGCAGUGGAUUGGGAAGAUGAAAGCAAAGACUGGUUGAUAGGUGGUACUGGGAGGUAUAGAGAGAGAGAGAUGAGUCAGAUGGUUUCAGACAGGAGGAAGAUGAUUAAGUACUGGAAAUAUGUCCGGCUCGAAGGAAGCGUUUAAAGGAGCAGUUUGAUGAAACUGAUCCUUUAAGUUCUGAUGUUGAGAGUUAAGAUAUGUAGGCGAUGAAAGGCUUUUUACGGGUGAUGAGAAAGUAGGAAAGAUGCGUAGUUUUAGAAAGAGACGGAUGUGACGGAACCACUGUAUAAUGUGAAAUAUGAGGUGCUAUUGAUUCACAGGAUUUGUCACUCCUUAAGUGCAGCGCUGGCAACUCUGAUUGCUCUUAAUCUCCAGUAAUACAUUCCUCUUUUUGUUCUGAGGUGCCAAGCCGCAAUAAGAUCACAUUGUGUUUUAGUUUUGUUGUUGUCACCAGCUGGUACAAUGGCCUCUGUGUAGGAGACGGGCGUCUCCAGCCACGGCCAUGCUCUCAUCUGUAUGCUGUCAUCCUUUUAAAACUGGAAACACCACCACACUGUAAAAGAUUUUCAUCUCGACGAGGAAUUUAAUCUCACAGAGUUAGCAGCUCCUACUUGAUCCAAACAGCUGGGAAGUAUAUGUGUCUGAUAGUGUCAGGUUAUUAUGGGGAACCAGUUUGCUACUGUAAUAUCAAAUAAAUAAUCUUCAUCUCAAGGGUUGAGUAUUUUCACUUUUCUAAUACCUCUCCAAAACAGGUGUAUAGGUGUCUUGAAAUAAUCUAAAAUGAUGCAACUUGAUAACAGGAAGUUUCUCAAGUUUAAAUUUUUCAGCAUUUGCAUGUUGUACAGAAACAAGUGAAACUUCCUCUUUACUGUUGCAGCAGCAUCUGUAAAAAAAAAAAAAAAAAAAAAGGUUUAAGACUUGACGAGUAGCGUGCUCUUGAGAGAAGAUGGACUUGUUUUGCAACGCAGUGACGUCAGGGAUCUCACUUUGCGGGAUGACGGAAUGCUCCGACGGGUCGGAGAAAGCAUUGUCUUGUCUGUCACUUGAACAUGACCUAUGCUGUGGUGUUGAUGUUGUUAUUUUGUACAGCUAUUGUACUGUUGUGUCCAGCAGCUAGUCACUGUGUGUGUGUGAGUGCUCAUUGUCUCAGUCAGGCCGUCAUCCUCAAGGAGUGGAGCAGCAGUAACAUCAGGCGACCGAUGUCACCCAACAUUCCUGUUUUGUUGUGUGUGUGUGACACUGAAGGAUACUGUAGGUUACAGUCAAACCAGCCACAAAGCACAAGCAAAUAAAUGAGAUGUAUGUUUAUUUUGCAUUUUAUAUUUUUUUAAUGUAUGAGCAUUCUGAUUGCAUCUGAAAUGACUAAAAAAAAAAAAGACAUAAUCCUUAUUGUAUUCUGAUCAACUGCAGGCUAAUAGGUAGGCAUCACAAAGCAAACUGAAAAAGCUCAUUAAAGGUUGUAGAAAAUA